GCAUUUUAAGGAACCUCAGGUGGUCAAAUUAAUCAGGAAUCGCCCACUACAGCAUGCGUCAUAAUUGUGUCGUGGAUUUGGGACGCAAGACCCCAGAAUGUAAUUAAACCGUUUGCUUGUUUGUUUGUUUGUUUGUUUGUUUGUUUGUUUGUUUGUUUGUUUGUUUGUUUGUUUGUUUGUUUGUUUGAGAAUUUGAAGGUCAUGAAAAAGGAAGCCAAAAGGAAUCGUUGUCCGAGAGCUGAGAUUCCCUGAGCCCGGGACUUCACUGCAAGCCGUCACAGAGGAAUGCCGACGCAAGCGAUGUUAUACACACGCACACAUAUCACGACACAUGAGAACUUCACUUUCUCUUACUUUAUUUAUUUUAUUUUUUCUUUCGGCACUUUUGGGGCGCUCGCGGUAGCCCCGCCGAUAUGCAUACGUGGUUGCGAGCCGCCUAAUGCUAUGCGCUAACAAGGUGCACUUUUCUCCGUCUCUUGUACACAGGGGUGAGGGUUCGUGCGAAUCCGCAGGGGCUUCUUAUGGACGGAUGGCGAACCGGGACGACGCUGCGAGCUUCGCUCCAGGUACAAGAUCGGCAGCGGAUGUAUGACAGUGGUGGGCCGAGGAGAGCGUUGCUCAGGGGAGGAUUCGAGGCUGAGAUGAAAGGGAGGAGAACGGCCUCCUCUCGCUCGAGGGGUGAGAAGGUCUCGUUCUCUGCGGCGAAAGAGAGAAUGCCGGCCCCUGCCAAAUCGAGGCCAGCUCAGGAGGGUUCCCUCCGCCACUUCAUUGCUGGGUAUAGCGGCCCAAUGGACUCUACUCUGUCCGCCGUACUUCCCAGCAUGUUCCCGAGCUGAGGACGAUGAGACUGGUGGAGGGUGAGGGACGGCUGAGUUUGAAAAAUUGGCGCCCAACGACGGGGCACACGACGUUUCUCGGCUGCCGCUGACGAAGGGUCGGCAACUGUUGCCAGUGGACUCGGGAACACCGUUUGUCGUUUGCUGGAGCUCUGAAACCGUUGGACCGCUUGUUUGUUGUGAACCUUUGACGCUGACGCGUCAGCGAAGUGCCCCCGUACAAUGACAUUAUGGCAAUGUCUUCGAGACCCGUGCGGAGCAACAUGAAGAGCCGGCGACGGGCGUAAAUAAGGACUAACAACAGCUGGCUCUCGACAGAACAAGCAUGGCUUCACCUCACAAACCAGUCCUGACAAGUCACAUGGUAGCUCAUGCUGUACGAAUGCUGUUCCUUAUCGCCUUGUGCUGGGAAUGUGUGUCACCAUCCUUGCAGCCAUCGAUACACAAGGAACUCAACCAGAAGGAGCUAGUCGACUUGUUUAGCGUGCACUCCCACGCAGAAGUACCAGAGUACCAGGUGGUUAAGGUUCGUCUGAAACGAUACUUGGAACCGUCACCAACACGAACAUCGCAGUAUCGCACAAGGAGACAAGAGCCCGGGAAGCUACUCUACUACGCCCACAUUUUGGGACGAAACCUUGAGAUGAACUUGAAGAAGAACCAGGCCCUCAUAGCUCGGAACCUCAGAGUGGUGCGUAAAACGCGGGGAGGAAGGGAGAUCCCACUAUCACUGAGGAGAGCCAACUGUCACUACCUAGGAGUCAACGGCAGCGUUGUAGCCGCUUUCAGCGAGUGCGACUACGAUGGUGGAAUCUCGGGCGUGAUCCUGCUUCCCGAGGAAGCACUGCAGGUGAAACCCGUUCCUAGCAGGCUGCGCCAUCUGGUGCCCGACGUUGGCCACAGAGAGUCAGAGCCGCCCCGGCAAGCGCUGGUUGAGACUGAAGACGUCCCACACGUACUUUACACCGCGCCGCCUCCGCAACACAAGUCUUCUAGAGUUGUGGACAACCGCGUCUACACUGAGAAGACGGUGCAUCCGUGGCAAAACCACGAUCGGUUUCCCUGGUCGUCGAGUCCAAAGACACCGGGUGCGUCCAGGCCGACAGUUCGAAUACGCCAGCCAAGCCUGCGGCCGACGGGAUGGCCUCAGAGAUACCCACAUCCGGACAGGCGAAAACAAGGCAGCAACAACACUCGAAGGCGCACUGCCUCGAGUGGUACCCGCAAGAACGGCUCCAACGUUGCUUCUAGCAGCCGAACACGGCCUGUAAGGCCUCACGAUGAGCGGCAAGGCUCCAACGCCGCCGGCACAAGAACAGAGCGGAGAGCCAAGUUCCUGGAGCUUGCGUUAUUUGUCGACCAGAAGGCCUACCUCAGCUUCCUGCACUUUCUCGGCAGCGAACAGAGGCUCAUGGACUUCGUCCUGGGAUACCUCAACCAGGUGCAGGCAAUCUACGUGCAGCCUUCGCUGAGAGAGAAGAUAUACAUAUCACUCGUUCAUCUUGAAUUGCAAGAAACGCAGCCGGCUGACUUGCCGCACUAUAACGGGAACCGGGACCUCCUGUUGUCGUCCUUCUGCAAGUAUCAGGCACACAGGAACCUUGCGGAAGAUUCCCGCUGGGACGCUGCCCUCUACCUGUCAGGGUUGAACUUUUUUUCCAUCGAAGAAGGCCGAAGAAAUGUGGUGACAAUGGGGCUAGCCCCCGUGGGUGGCGUCUGCCACCGAGACCACAGCUGUGUCAUCACUGAGAUCGGCACGACUAGCGAUGCUGGAAAGCCAUACGCCUCGGCCGGCUGGACAUCAGCGUACGUCGCUGCGCACGAAAUUGGACACAAUCUCGGCAUGCUGCACGAUGGCUGGCCUCACAACGACUGCCCGUCCAACGGCUUCAUCAUGUCGCCGAGCCGGGGCACCAAAGGGGAGACCACGUGGUCUGCUUGUAGCGCUCUCGUCGUCCUCAAGAUGGGGGACAGGACGUGUCUGUCAAACAGACCAGACGGAGUGACCGGCUUACCAGACCUAGAGGACCCACAGAGUCUUCCCGGACAGGAAUGGGAUGCCCACGACCAAUGCAAGAUAUUUCUCCGAGACCACGAUGCCCUGCUGUACAACACAAGUCUCAUAAGCAAUGUCUGCGAGCAAGUCAUCUGCAGGACGCACAAUCGUCAAGGCUACUACAAGGCCGGACCGGCCCUGGACGGCACAUUCUGCGGCGACCACAACUGGUGCCUUCACGGUCAGUGCAUGCCAGCCCGCGCGGGCUCCCUAAAGACUGUGGCUGGCGGGUGGGGUCCCUGGCGACGUGACUCCUGCCACUCUGGCUGCCUGGACAACGCCAAGGGAUUCAGCCGGGAUCGUCGCCGUUGCGACCGGCCAAAGCCGCGCAACACGGCCAACACAUGUCGCGGGGACUCCGUCAGAACGAGGCUCUGCGACGACUCCAAGAUCUGCCAGCAUCGGGAGAACCCUGUGGUCUACGCAAGUCGCAAAUGCGCUGAAUGGAAAACCCUCGUCCGGGACCUAUCCUCAAAAGGAGCCCAAGUCAGACACAACCCGACCCGACCGUGGCAGGCAUGCGCCGUCUACUGCAAGAUCACGAACGGGCCCUGGUACACGCCGCGGACGGAGCUGAACGACCUCAGCGGGUCCUUCUUCCCGGACGGCACCUGGUGCCACAGUGACGGACGCCAGGACUACUACUGCCAGAACCACGUGUGCCAAGCCGAGCCGCCAAAGGCGUCCUCGUCCAAGGGACGCGCCUUGUGGCUCCUCCAAGACGUGGACGUCGAGCCACGUCUUCAGAACGCUCGUCCCCUGUCAUCAUUGCGGGCGCCCGCAGCGCCCGUCUACGACGCCGCGUUCAUCUACGAGGAAGACUCUUCGCGACCCGUCGGCGUCGUUCAGACGACAAGUGCAGGCGCUGGCUCCGACGACGCGGAAGACCAAGAAUACGCGGACAAAGAUUACGUCACGCUACCCGACAAGCCCAGAUGAUAUUAUAGAGUGGCAAACUGGAGCGACUUUAGCAAGUUUGAAGUUUUGAGGCGUUUAUAGAAUGCGAGAUGACCGGGAGUAAGCGGACAAUGACUAUGUCACGCCACAUGAAAGCCUAGACGAUACUAUACUCUGACCAGCUAGAGACAUGCUAACGGUAACUUUGCUUAAGCUUUGUCUACGCAGACCAGGAGUACACGGGGUAAGACGACGACACUUGACAAACAUAGACGAUACUACACACUGGCUAUAACUACAGGCGUGUCUGCAGGUUCAAGCUUUUCGCGAAUUUCAUCGACCACGAGAGUACCGGCAGUCCGUGGACAAAUAUUACGCCCCACUGCCUGAGAAUCCCCGCCAAAAAGCGUGACAUAGCUUUGGUCGUUUCAGAAGCUCUAAUGAUGAACAGUAAGCGGACAAGGCCUACGUCGUACAGUAUCGAGCGAGCCAAGAGCCGAUUGUGGUCAAGAUUACUUCAGGUGGUUUUUUAAUCAGGCAAACCAUCUCUUUGGUUUCUCGAAGCGAAAUUUCGGUUCAUCGCAUCGCCAUGGAUGAUUAUAACAAUCUGCUUGACAAUCCGACGCAAUGACUCCUUCUAUACAACUCAGGGUAAUUUAAAGAAGUUCGGCCACUAUUACAUAACACAACGUAACAGAUCUUGCUAAGCAUGAAGCCGAAGAUAGUCUUUCGUGAACUGUGCCUAUUGGGUUCCUCGAGAGCACGCCAUCUUAUGCGCCGCGGAUCUCUUCGUGAGUCGAGCAGGUGCCAAACUAAAUAUGCAGUAAAGUAACAUAGAAAUUGAAACUGUUUAAUUUGCGAGAGUUCAACCAGCGGUCAUCCAAAUAAUAAAUUCCGUGCCUUCGCGCUUGCAGACACGCUCGAGAGAGGAUUAGAACGUUAUUCGGUUGUCGUAAGCUUCUUGCUCUCUCCUUUUUUCUAGCUAAGGUUACUUGGUCGUCGAACGUUUCUCUCUCUUCUUUAGCGAACUAAAAUGAUCUGCAACGCGAGCAAUCUGCAACUCACGUAGCUACGAAAAUACACCACAUCGCGUGUCGCCCCUGAAAUCAGGAUGACAAAGCCAGUGGCCUAAACCCAGAAUUCAGCCAGCGGCCUAAACCGAGAAUCCCAGGCAAGCAAUUGACCUGGCGUUGCCAAAUUCUUGGUUGUGCAUUAGAACACGUGGCCACUAUUUGUCGUAUGAGAACUGAGGGAUGAAUUUUGGGGCUGACGCGUUUGUGUGCAGGAGACAGCGCGUUUUCCUGAGAGAUUUCACAACCAACACUUUCCUGCCGGUGUUGAAAACGUACGUCUUGGCCUGCAAAACAAUAUCCUUGGCGCGACGUAAUUAUAUGAUAUUAUGUGACAAGGAAACGAAGAAGAAAUAACGAUUAUAAAUACCUUGGUGCCUACUCUUCUGAGUUGAUAUCAGGUCUUGCAGAGCGAAUUCAAUAUUCCGAUAUGUAUGUAGAAGGAACCAACGUUACAUUGCCAGACACAUUUUUUAUAUUUUCACAAACCUAGAUAACCGGGAGCAAGUGAAACCAUCGAAACAUUAGUGGAGCAACACAGGUGCUGUAGAUAAGCUUGCU